AUGCUUAGAUGUAGGAUAUGGAACGAGCGAAGCAGUGCUUACGUCUGCGCCUUCUGCCGCCACCCCGCCCUGCCGCGGCAGCGUGAUCUCAGUCGACGCAACUACUCCAACUCGACGAAGCCUCCAUCGAAAGACGACAACGGGUUUGGGUCUUGGAGCAGCAGUAAUGGCUCUGUCAGCUCGGGAAUUCCUAGGAGGUCACCUGGUCCGGUCAACGGAUCCGGAUGGGGAGCGCCAGCAUUCGGCCAGGGUAACACGUCAAGAGCGCCGAGCUACGAUGACCAAGAGGCCCCCGCGGGUCAAGGCAAGGAACUCGAUGAUGGACUUUUACCCCAUGAACGAGCCGCGCGCCAGAAGCUAGCCGACCAGAAAGCGGUAGAAGAGAAUGCCGCGCAGGAGGCAGCCGAGGCGAUUCGAAAGGCCCAGGAAGCUAUAGCGCAGAGAAACAUAAGACAACGGGGGCCGGGGGGUGGUCCAGGAGGCGGUUCGCAAAACGUUUUUCGAAGUGUUACUCCAAGAGGCCUCGGGAGUGGCAUUGGAAGUGCAGGGGAGGAAAAAGAAAAGAAGCCGAAGCGGUUUGGCAGUGGCCUUGGAGAUGGCCCUAAGAAUGACCUUGGAGCUAACACCGGCACAAAUGUGAAUACGCGGACGCUAGGCGGUCUCGAUGAAAAGCCUUUACGCUCCAUACCCAGAUUCGACUGGAGACAUCGACAUGAUUCAGACGGAGCGCCAGCAAGUACACCUGUACCACACUACCGACGCGCUGAAAAAGACGGAUUCAAUGGUCUUAAGCCCCUGAAGGCCUCGCGGCAGCAAUGGGAUGGUCUAGGAAAGUCAGAUGCACUGGGCUCGGGCAGCUGGAAUCAACUCUCAAAGAAGCGACCCAACGACACCACCAAUGUUUCGGAUAGGAAUGCGCCCUUAGACUCGACUCUUUCCAGAGAGAGCUUCUUCAGCAAAUUCCAAGAACGCGUGGGCAGCAACUACAAACUGGACGACAGAAACCCACGUGCGUCACGCUCAGAGCUUGGUGGCUUGGACGAAGGCAAUCCAGGGAGAAAAGAACAAGCCGUAGAGAACGUGUCUCAGAAAUUCGAACGCAAGGCGAGAGAAUUCGAUGAAACCUACGAGAUCAGUCGCGACUCCCGUAGACGCGACAAGACCGGCAAUCGUCGCGGGGAUGGUUAUGGAUCGUCUCGGGGAGCGUACAAGUCAAGAGCGCAACAACAGUGGGAGGAUGACAAUGAAGAAUGGGAAGAUGGUGGUGCAAGUGUUGCUGAACGCCGUCGUCGGAAAGCCGAGGAAAGAGCACGAAGGGCAGCGGAAGCCGAGGCAGCUGCAUCUGUCCCGAGUAUCUUCCUCCCAGAAUUCAUCAGCAUAUCAAACUUGGGUACUGCGCUGAAGAUGAAGAUUCCCCAGUUCCUGCGGGCUCUGAUAGAAAUGGGCUUUGAGGACAUUACCGAAGACAGCAUCAUGACUGGAGAAACGGCUGCUCUAGUCGCCCAAGAGUUUGGAUUCGAUCCAAAAGUGGAUACCGGCGGUGCGAGGGACCUCAAGGCUCGGCCUAUUCCGGAAGAUGUCUCGAUAUUGCCGCAACGUCCUCCUGUUGUGACCAUCAUGGGCCACGUCGAUCACGGAAAGACUACGCUCCUCGAUUACCUCAGGCAAUCUUCCGUGGCGGCGCAGGAACACGGUGGUAUCACUCAACACAUUGGCGCUUUCAUGGUCAAGAUGUCUGAAGGGAAACUCAUCACCUUCCUCGACACACCGGGCCAUGCGGCCUUCUUGACCAUGCGUCAACGUGGUGCCAACGUUACAGAUAUUGUGGUGCUGGUUGUCGCAGCUGAUGACAGUGUCAAACCCCAGACUCUGGAGGCUCUCAAACACGCUAGAUCCGCAAAGGUGCCGUUGAUCGUGGCCAUCAACAAGUGUGACAAGGAAGACGCGCGUCCGGACCAGGUCAAAGCAGACCUCGCUCGCCACGGAGUUGAAAUCGAAGACUUUGGUGGUGAUGUACAGGUUGUUUGUGUGAGCGGAAAGACUGGUCAAGGCAUGGCUGAGCUUGAGGAGAAUAUUGUGACCCUAGCCGAAAUCCAAGACAUGCGAGCUGAAGACGAUGGUAUGGCUGAAGCUUGGGUCCUUGAAGCCAGUGUAAAGCCCUACGGUAAGUCCGCCAACGUGCUCGUCAAACGCGGUACUCUGCGUCUCGGCGACUUCAUUGUCGCAGGCACGGCCUGGGCCAGGGUUCGAAUUUUGCGAAACGAGGCCGGACAGGAGCUGGACGAGGCGCCACCUGGAACCCCUGUCGAGGUUCUGGGCUGGAGAGACGAGCUACCCGCUGCUGGUGACGAGAUCAUCCAGGCACCCGAUGAAGAUCGAGCCAGAGUGGCUGUCGACUACCGUGAGGAGAUGCGGGAGAGAGAGGCAUCUUCGAAGCAAUUGGCCGAGCAGGAACUACGCGAACGCGAGGCCAAAAUUGCUGCAGAGGUAGCGGCAGACAUUGAGGCAGCCGAUGCCGAUGCCGAACCCACCCCGGCCACGGCUGUCGUCAACUUCAUGGUCAGAGGUGACGUUGUGGGCUCUGUCGAAGCCGUAUGCGCCACAAUUAACGAGAUUGGAAACAACGAAGUGAAGCCUCGUAUCCUUCGGUCUGCGGCUGGUCAGGUUUCCGAGUCAGAUGUCGAGCAUGCUGAGGCAUCCGGUAGUGUCAUUGCCAACUUCAGCAGUACCAUUCCUGGCCACAUCAAGGCCAUGGCCGAGGAAAAGGGUGUCAGGAUUCUGGAUCACAGCGUUAUUUAUCACUUGGCAGACGACGUCAAGCAAGUGAUGUCAGAGGCCUUGCCGGAUAAGGUGUCGUCCAAAGUCGUCGGCGAGGCGGAGAUUCUUCAGAUCUUCCCCAUCAACAUCAAGGGCCGCGUGUACAAGAAUAUUGCUGGAUGUAAGGUCAGAAACGGCACGGUUACUCGCUCAACUAGAGCGCGCAUAUUGCGCGGAGGCGAAAAGGUCUUCGAUGGCAAGAUUGAUACUCUCAAGCACGGCAAGAAGGACGUGAACGAAAUCAGAAAGGGCUCCGAGUGCGGUAUCGCCCUCGAUGGCUUUACAGACUUCCACGUGGGCGACCAAAUCCAGAUGUACGAGGAGGUGAGGGAGAAGAGGACCUUGUAA